AUGAAGCUCCAGGCUCUUCUUCUUCUGGCAUUUGGCCUGAGUGCUUCUGUCACGGCCUAUCCGGGGGAUCCAAUUCCUACACUGGAUAUACAACACCACCACAGACCCACGAAAACCAAGACGAGAACCAGAACCACCACCAAGCACCCCCAUCCAACAGGAAGACCCUGUGCGGGCAACACGCCCCAAACACGGUCCCAAUGGUGCCAAUUCGACGUCAACACCGAUUACACUCAGAUAGUACCAAACACAGGUGUAACACGGGAGUACUGGCUCAACCUUGAGGAUAUAAUGCUCGCACCAGAUGGAUUCCUACGGCCUGUAAUGGCUGUAAACGGUACCAUUCCCGGCCCAACCAUCAUUGCAGACUGGGGCGACUGGGUUGUGAUCCACGUCACGAACAGCCUACAUCAGUCCAUGAACGGAACUAGCAUCCACUGGCACGGGAUCAGACAGAACUACACAAAUGGCCAGGACGGGGUGGUCUCCAUCACGCAAUGUCCCACCGCACCGGGUUCAACGAUAACCUAUAAAUGGCGCGCCGUGCAGUACGGUUCAUCGUGGUACCAUUCGCACAUUGGACUACAGUCAUGGGAGGGUGUGUUUGGUGGAAUUUUGAUCAAUGGCCCUGCGACGGCGAACUACGAUGUCGAUAAGGGCAGUCUAUUCCUGAUGGACUGGUCUCAUCCCACUGUCGAUCAACUAUUCCUGGAAGCUCAAUUGAUUGGUCCGCCGACUUUAGAUACUGGCUUGAUCAACGGGACAAAUGUCUUUGGUAAUGGUACUAAUUCUACGGGCCAGAGAUUCGAAAUGCAGGUUAAUGAGGGAACUUCAUAUCGGCUAAGGCUUGUUAAUCCAGCUGUUGAUACGCACUGGAAGUUCUCGAUUGAUAACCACACACUUACAGUCAUUGGGAUGGACUUUGUGCCAAUCAGGCCGUUUACAACAGAUCAUGUCAAUAUCGGAAUGGGUCAACGCUACGAUGUAAUUGUAACAGCAAUUCAACGUCAAAUCGCCGACUCCUUCUGGAUCCGUGCAAUUCCCCAAGAAGCAUGUUCGGAAAAUGCAAACCCGGACAAUAUAAGAGGAAUCCUCUACUACGGUGACAGUCCCACUGAACCCACAACAACACCUUUCCCCUUCACGGAUGAAUGUGUCGACGAGCCCGUCGCAAGUCUGGUGCCGCAAGUGCCCAAGGUCGUCUCAGCUGCAGACUGGAAUAACCUAACGGACGUGACACUCGGACGCAACGAGGAAAACCUCUUCCGCUGGUUCCUCAAUAGCACGACAAUGCAAGUCUUCUGGGAAAAUCCUACGUUACUACAGCUCUUCAACAGCGAAACGACACCGAACUUCACAAGAUCAAGUGGAGUUAUUGAGCUGCAGCGGCCGAAUGAAUGGGCAUAUCUCAUGAUCAACACGAGUCUCCCGGUGGCGCACCCGAUUCAUUUGCAUGGACAUGAUUUCUUUAUUCUAGCGCAGGGGUCGAAUCCGUGGGAUGGGAGUGUUGCAACUAAUAAUCCGCCGCGGAGGGAUACGGCCAUGUUAGUUGGGAAUGGGUUUUUGUUUAUUGCGUUUGAGACAGAUAAUCCUGGAGCCUGGCUUAUGCAUUGUCAUAUUGGAUGGCAUGUGAGUGAAGGGUUUGCGCUGCAGUUUUUGGAGAGAGAGAGUGAGAUUGAACCGUUGAUUGAUCGGACAGCUCUUGAGGAUAAUUGUGCUUCUUGGAAUGUUUACGAUGAGACUUUUGAUAUUGACCAGGAUGAUUCGGGGGUUUAG